AUGGAGUUCCGCGACGCCACCUCCCUUAGAGGGCUUUUAUCCUACAGCCUGCGGCACCCUUUAGAGUCACUAUGUAGCCUUGGCCCGACUCUGAACGAGGCUACAUUCGGCCUGCUUGGCAAUUCAUUCAAGCCGGAAUACGAUAUCCUUAGCCUUGAGGGCAAGGUCAUCUUAAUCACCGGAGGUGAAACCGGCAUCGGCAAAGAGACUAUUCUUCAGCUCGCAAAGCACCACCCAGCUCGCAUUUACAUCGCAGCGCGUUCUGAAAGCAAGGCACGCGAGGCUAUUGCCUCAAUCCAGAUACAACUCUCUUCUCCCGUCGAUAUCAGAUAUAUCUCGCUUGACCUUUGCUCUUUCCGGUCUAUACGCGACGCAAUGGACCAGUUUCAAUCGGAUUGUGACAGGCUGGAUAUUCUGAUCCUCAACGCAGGAACAAUGUGUAACCCGCCCACAAAGACGGAAGAUGGAAUCGAGACCCAGCUAGGUACUAACUACAUAGGCCAUUUCCUGCUCACGAAUUUGCUUCUGCCUACGCUACAAAGAACUGUCACCCGUAUCGAGGCCAGUGGUACGACCCCCGACGUACGUGUUGUGACCCUAGGGUCCGCAGCCCACGUUAUGGGCCCAGCCUCUUUUGAAGGUCUAACUUCCACGUCCUUAUUGCUAGCUGCUAGCACGUGGAAACGUUAUUGUGCUUCUAAAGCGGCUAUUAUCCUAUUUACUGCGGAGUUCGCCCGUCGGAAUCCACAGAUCUUGUCGAUCUCCGUACACCCGGGCGUUGUAAAUAGUGAUUUGUUUAUGCACGCAAAGGCGACUGGCUUCUUCAUGAAGUAUAGCCUCAAGGUUGUGCUAUGGUUCUUCCGAAAUGUAACCACCGGGGCACUCAAUACGCUUUGGGCAGCGACUACCAAUCAAGACAACUUGGUCAAUGGGGCCUACUAUACUCCCGUUGGGUUUCACAGUCAUGGAGCCUCCUUUGUUCAAGACGCCGAUAUAGCCCAGAAGCUUUGGGACUGGACUGAGGCUCAAUUUCCAACCCUUAAUUAUACUCUAUGCGGUUGCUCUGGCUAG